CCUCAAAUGGCGCCGAUUCGCAGAUUGAUUCGUUGCUCCUAGCUGGAAGGUAGUACCGUCAUCGCUCAGUCACCUUAUUUCGUUCGCCCUUAUUGAAAUUUCUUCGUAGUGUCAAAAUGGCUCGUACAAAGCAAACUGCAAGGAAAUCAACUGGAGGAAAAGCUCCUCGCAAACAACUGGCCACCAAGGCUGCACGAAAGAGUGCCCCAGCAACUGGAGGUGUAAAAAAGCCACACAGAUACAGGCCCGGAACAGUUGCUCUGAGAGAAAUUCGUAGAUACCAGAAGUCGACCGAGUUGUUGAUCAGGAAGCUGCCCUUCCAAAGGCUCGUCCGAGAAAUUGCCCAAGACUUCAAGACAGAUCUGCGCUUUCAGAGCUCGGCGGUGAUGGCCCUCCAAGAGGCAUCUGAAGCUUACCUAGUUGGACUGUUUGAAGACACCAACUUGUGCGCCAUUCAUGCCAAACGUGUUACCAUUAUGUCAAAGGACAUACAACUGGCCAGAAGGAUUCGUGGAGAGAGAGCUUAAUUCAACAAGCAAAUUUCAUCUUUGUCGAUGAAUUCUUUGAAAAAAACGGUUUUUUUAAAAACCACCAUAGACACCAGAGAUUAUAUUUCCCCAACCAUAAUACACACGACAUGGUCGACUCAGAUCAGUUCAGUUCAUAUCUACAUGUACUUUUAAAACUAACAUGUAAUAUUAAGUUACAUUGGUACAUGCAAAUAAAUUACAUUAGUAGUUUACUUACAAAUAAUUUACAUUUACAAAUAAUUUAAUCUACUGGUAGUUACGUUGUCACAAACUACCAGUAGUUAGUUGGUCAUGUACUCUGUAGAAUGGGAAAAAUGAAUCACUUUUUUAUAGUGCUAGACUGAAUUCAAGAGCAUACAAUUUAUAUCAUGUGCACAAUAUUUUCAAUUUGUGCUAAGCCCACAAUGUAAUACAUAUGUAUGUAUUUAAAAUGUUGAGGUCACAAUAAAUAUGACAUAUCAUUUACUCUAUCUUAUUCUGAAUUUAAAAACCAUUAGGAAUUAUUAUACAACUGCUGGCAAAUUUAUUUCAUGACAAUCUUUUUAGUCACCAAAUAUAUGGUUUUUUCAGUCUUACCAAAAUACCCCAAUUUAUUGUGGGUUUGCCCCAAAUGUUCAGCCACUGCAAGUGUCAGUAUUGGAUUUCAACAUGUGUAAGGGAAAAACAUUAGUUAUAAAGUAUCAUUUGCUCAUUUCCAGGCAAUUUUUAUUACAGUGUGCCAAUCAUAGAAAUCUUAGCUACAUCAACCAUUAAAUGUUUACAUUGUAUGACACACUCCUAUACUCUCUACUUGAUUCAUAUCACAAUCAACCUCAAAAUUUCAGCAAUUUAGGGCACUGAACAUAUUGCUUGUAUUCAAAAAAUAAACUCUGAUUGUAAAAGUAAGCUUUAAAAUUUUCUUCAAAAGCAACCCAACAGGUAACCACAAGCUGGCUUCACAAGAAUAGACUAAAUCUUCAAUCAACAUGCUUAUGAUUAAGGUCAUUACCCAUCAAGAACCCCUUCUGUCUAACAAUUCUUGAUAUAAGUUUGGCUGCAAAGAGGGCAAUUGUUAUUUCAGUUUUAAUUUCUCUAGACAGUGUAAGAUAAGAUGAUAAAUUCGAUUUCUGCUAACCUACAUGAUACUGUGUAUUUUCAACUUUGUUCUCAAUAUAAUUUACUAAUAAUGAAAUGAUGAAUCCUUAGAUCUACUUUGUAAAUAUUGAAGCUUGCAUACUUCAUCACCAAAAAUAUUUGAUAUAUUCAUGUGUUGUCUUUAUUCUUUUUUAUGCUGAUCAUAGUCACAUAGCACAUCAAGGACCUAUACUGUCAAACUAGUCUUGAAAUUUCUUUGGAUGUAAACUGGCAAUUGUUAUUACAAUUGGCAUUCUUAAAAGCUACUAAUAAUACUGUAAAAAUAUGAGUUGCUCCAGACUUUGCAGAAAAAAUGUGUAUCUUCUGCUAAUUUUAUGAUAGUGUACAGUGGCAAUUGUGCUUUCAAAAUAGUUUACUAUGCACAUAACUUUAGCUGAAAUGAUAAAUCCUGCUACCUAUUUUGUAAAUCAUUUUGAUGAAGGUACAUCAUAAAGAAAAAAGUGACAAAUGCAGGUGACUGUGGGCCCACCAGCCUUGAAAACUCU